UUUAUUCAUUUACAUAAGAAAUGGACAAGUUUUUCAAUUCUAAAGUUAAUUCUCUAGAAACGUUUGCAAUCUAGUGAAAAUUACAAGAUGGCUAGAUUUCUAUUCCCAUUAAAUGGAACAGAAUUGAAUUUCAAUUUUUCUUUCAACUUCAGCAUAUCCCAAGCUUUGGAUGUACUGGAUGAACAUUUCUCCAAUGACAAAAUUUUUGGUUUUGGAAUUGAAACAGCCAUCAUAACAAGUUAUACCUUGCUAAUGUCAGUUGGACUGUGCAGUAAUAUUUUAGUGUGUAGCGUUAUUUUGGCUAACACCAAAAUCAGAUCAUCCCGCAAUGUUUUGGUCAUUAACCUUAACGUAUCAGAUAUAAUACUGAGUGUUUUCUGCAUGCCUUUUACACUGAUGGUGAUAAUUAGAAGAAGCUGGUUCUUAGGAGCUUUUCUUUGCAAAAUGGUUCCUUUCAUCCAAGCCUCGACUAUUUUUGUUUCUGCUGCUACAGUAUUAGCGAUUGCUAUAGAUCGCUACAACACAAUUAUCAAUUUCAAUCCUCAAUUCCCGAAAAACGGUAAACGAGAGAUGUGCUUGAAUGCUGCUUUCAUAUGGCUGACAUCCCUGCUGCUGUCUGUACCGAUUUGCAUAUUCCAAGACACUGUACCAGUUGGUUUGCCUGGAUUACAUCUUUAUUAUAAGUGUGUAGAACUAUGGCCAAGUCCGGCUUUUAAAGGUGUUUACACUAUCACUAUACUUAUUUUUCAAUUCGUGAUACCCUCUGUCGCACUUUUAGUGACACAUAUUAACAUUCGAACCCAUUUAAAUGAAAGAAUAAUCAAAUCAGACAGUGAUUCAUCCAGUAUUGAUCAGUCAAAUAUGAGCAACGAAAGGCUCAAGAGGGACUUACAGCGGAACACACGAGCCACCAUGGUUCUGUUGAACAUAUCUGUAGUGUUCACAGUAAGUUGGUUACCCUGGAACGGAUUAAACCUGCUUGCUGAGUUUCACCCUAACAUUAUGGAGCCCAAAAAUCUGUACUUAGCUUUCGCGAUUUGCCACAUGACUGCUAUGACGUCAUCCAUCACAAAUCCCAUUCUUUAUGGUUGGCUGAAUAGUAAUAUUCGUCGAGAAAUGGUAAGAAUCGGAUGGGUAGUAGCUAAAGCAAGUUCGGCACUGGUUUCGAACCGGAGCUCUGUGACUGAUAAUCAAAGAAUACAGAAUAAUACUCUUAUUCGUUCUUCAGGGGCUGAUUCUACUCUCAAAAGUAAUAAUAAUCCGGAGAGUCAAGUUUAGACUUAGUUUCUUCGAUGUCAUGUGUAUUUUUUAUUUGCUUUCAGGAUAACAAUAUUGAAAGUAUUAACAGUACAAGUUUAAAACGUGUCAUACUUGUGAAUUUUCCUAACAUUAUCAUAACCAAUUUUAAAAUUUUUAGUCUGAGUUCCAGAGAUAUUUUAAAAUGCCAUUGGAAAUCAGCUUUAAUAUUUAAAGUUUUAUAAUAUUUUGAGGAGCGUUUCUCUUACUAAUUUUUCCUUCUUGUCGAUAUAUGUACUGCAGAUAUUUUAACAUAACGUGACUUCCUAUAUUUAUUCAGAUAAUUUUUUCUUCUUGAAGUACAGCAAUUAAAUAAAUAAAAAUAACAGUUAUGAGGUUUUUCUAUUCUUUUCCCGCAGUAACCUUACUUGCACAAAAAUGAUUUUCCCAUUGUCAUUCAAUAGAAAAGAAGUAAGUAAUAGAGACAUUUAUAAGCAAUUUUUGUUUAAAGACUCUAAGCUUCAUGGAUUAGUUUGGAAUGUUCUCAAUUAUCUUAAAAAGUGAUGCACUUCAGUUUCUUAGAGGAUAUUAAUUAAUCCUCUAGGAGUAAACAGUGAAUAUUUUGUACUUUAUUGUCUUACUCCUCUUCACUUUUACGUGAUCCUAUAUCUGAUGAAAUGAUAUUUGAUCCCACAUGUGAUGAAUGAAAUCCCUAUUUUUUCUGAAGCUGUGCCUCUACUUUGUAAUGGCUUGUCUAAACAAUUCCUGAGUUUAGUCUGAUAAAAACAAAUAAUACUUACGUACCAUCAAACACAAGAUAUAAGAAAUGAGAUUCAAUAAAGAACCACCCUCUAAAAAGGAAUGAUUGUAGCGAAGAAAAAGAAUGAGAGAAUACUCAGAAGAAUGAGACCGGAAAAGUGAGUGUAAAUGAGAUUUAAAGUUUUCCAUAGAGAGGUAGUUUUAUGUGGAAAAUAUAAAGAUAUAAAUCCUCAGAUUUAACUUCUACUCAUUUGUUUCUACUUGUGGAAUGGCAUCUUUAUGCCAGGAUUUUUGUGACAUAUUUCUUAGUCUCCAGUAAUGGAAUACGUCCCCUGAGUAAAACUUAGGUAAUAAAGUACCGGUUUUACAGAAAUGUAUUCUGGAGAGUAACAUAUACAGCAUGAUAGAUUUGGCAUCUAUUUUCUUCCUCUUAAGAAUAUUCUAAUCAAGAAAUUAUUUCAAACUUUAUUCCAAGCCCAUUUCAGAUUUUUGUUUUAUUCGUGAUAUGGCGCAGUUCAGAGUACAAAUAAAACUUUUAGA